UAGCGCGGAACGUCUGUGUUUCGCACACAGAGAGAAACAGGUGGCAAACUGGAAAUUGGAAAACCCCAAUAUUUUUUAAUUAGGGAAAACCAUAAUUCUUGGUUUGAUGCUCACAUUUUCACACAAUAAAAUCGUCCCUUCUCAGUCCCUUCAAAUCCAGCAGGCAGAAGCAUCUCCAUGGAGGACGCUUACGCCCGAUCCGUAACGGAGGUUUUGGAUUUCUUCGGAGUAGACCCGACCAAAGGUCUCACAGAUUCUCAGGUUGCAGAAAAUACUAGAAUAUAUGGAAAAAAUGUGCUGCCUCAAGAAGCAAGUACCCCCUUCUGGAAAUUGGUUUUGAAGCAGUUUGAUGAUUUGCUUGUUAAGAUACUAAUCGUGGCUGCCCUUGUUUCAUUCAUUCUGGCUUUGAUUGAUGGAGAGACGGGCCUAACAGCAUUUUUGGAACCUUCUGUUAUCUUGAUGAUCUUGGCCGCAAAUGCAGCUGUAGGGGUGAUUACAGAAACAAAUGCUGAAAAGGCUCUUCAAGAGCUUCGAGCGUACCAAGCUGAUAUUGCAACAGUUUUGAGAAAUGGUUGUUUCUCAAUACUACCAGCAACUGAACUUGUUCCAGGUGAUAUUGUUGAAGUUGGGGUGGGAUGCAAAGUUCCUGCAGAUAUGAGAAUGAUUGAGAUGCUAAGUAAUCAGCUACGUGUUGAUCAGGCAAUUCUUACAGGUGAAAGCUGCUCUGUUGAGAAAGAUCUUGAAUCCACAUUAAGAACAAAUGCCGUGUACCAAGACAAGACAAACAUUCUAUUUUCGGGCACGGUAGUGGUUGCUGGAAGAGCUAGAGCUGUUGUUGUUGGUGUUGGCUCUAACACUGCUAUGGGUGGUAUACGUGAUGCCAUGUUAAGAACAGAAGAUGAAGUGACACCAUUAAAGAAGAAGCUGGAUGAAUUUGGUACUUUCUUGGCAAAGGUCAUUGCGGGGAUUUGUGUCUUGGUAUGGAUUGUUAACAUUGGACACUUUCGUGAUCCUUCUCAUGGUGGUUUUCUGCGUGGUGCAAUUCAUUACUUCAAGAUUGCAGUUGCUCUUGCAGUUGCAGCAAUUCCUGAAGGUCUUCCUGCUGUUGUUACGACGUGCUUGGCACUUGGAACAAAAAGAAUGGCGAGGUUGAAUGCUAUUGUAAGGUCUUUGCCUUCAGUAGAGACUUUAGGCUGCACAACAGUAAUCUGCAGUGACAAGACUGGGACUCUCACAACAAACAUGAUGUCUGUAUCAAAGAUAUGUGUUGUUCAUUCUGUGCACAAUGGCCCUGUUACUUCAGAAUACAGUGUAAGCGGAACAACAUAUGCACCAGAAGGCAUAAUUUUUGAUGGUGCAGGGAUGCAGCUUGAGUUUCCAGCUCAAUUGCCUUCUCUUCUUCACAUAGUAAUGUGCUCAGCCCUUUGCAAUGAGUCCACUUUACAAUACAAUCCAGACAAGGGAAACUAUGAGAAGAUAGGAGAAUCAACUGAAGUAGCUCUUCGUGUACUAGUGGAGAAAGUUGGGCUUCCUGGUUUUGAUUCUAUGCCUUAUUCUCUCAAUAUGCUGAGCAAGCACGAUCGUGCAUCUUACUGUAAUCAUUACUGGGAAAACCAGUUCAAAAAGGUAGCUGUUUUAGAAUUUUCUCGAGACCGCAAAAUGAUGAGUGUCCUUUGCAGCCGAAAGCAGUUGGAGAUUAUGUUUUCGAAGGGUGCUCCUGAAAGUAUAAUUUCUAGAUGCACCAAUGUCCUAUGCAAUGAUGAUGGUUCCACUGUUCCCCUAACGGUAGAUGUUCGAGCUGCAUUGGAGUCUAGGUUUCAGAGUUUUGCAGGAAAAGAAACUCUAAGAUGUUUGGCUUUGGCCUCGAAAAGGAUGCCCUCGGGACAGCAGUCUCUCUCCUUUGAGGAUGAGAAGGACCUUACUUUCAUUGGAUUGGUUGGGAUGCUUGAUCCACCAAGGGAGGAAGUAAGAAAUGCUAUGUUGUCUUGUAUAUCUGCUGGCAUACGUGUCAUAGUUGUCACAGGGGAUAACAAGUCGACAGCCGAAUCUCUCUGCCAUAAAAUUGGUGCUUUUGAUGACUUGGAAGAAUUUGUUGGACGGUCUUAUACUGCUUCUGAAUUUGAAGAACUUCCAGCCCUGCAACGAACACUUGCAUUGCAACGUAUGGUCCUCUUCACCAGGGUAGAACCAUCUCAUAAGAGGAUGCUGGUUGAAGCUCUGCAGCACCAAAAUGAAGUUGUUGCAAUGACUGGCGAUGGUGUUAAUGAUGCACCUGCACUAAAGAAAGCAGAUAUAGGAAUUGCCAUGGGUUCAGGGACAGCUGUUGCAAAGAGUGCUUCAGAUAUGGUAUUGGCCGAUGACAAUUUUGCCACAAUUGUUGCGGCUGUUGCAGAGGGAAGGGCCAUAUACAAUAACACAAAACAGUUCAUCAGAUACAUGAUCUCUUCAAACAUUGGUGAAGUAGUUUGUAUUUUUGUCGCAGCUGUCCUUGGCAUACCUGAAACGCUUGUCCCUGUGCAACUACUUUGGGUCAAUCUGGUGACUGAUGGACUGCCUGCCACAGCCAUUGGUUUCAACAAACAAGAUUCAGAUGUCAUGAAGGCCAAACCUCGUAAGGUCAGUGAGGCUGUUGUGACAGGGUGGCUGUUUUUCCGUUAUUUGGUUAUUGGAGCUUAUGUCGGUCUUGCCACUAUUGCUGGAUUUGUAUGGUGGUUUGUUUACUUUGACAAUGGGCCCAAACUACCAUAUAGUGAAUUGAUGAACUUUGACACUUGUUCAACAAGGAACACAACAUAUCCAUGCAGUGUAUUUGAUGAUCGACAUCCAUCAACUGUAGCAAUGACAGUGCUGGUCGUAGUUGAGAUGUUCAAUGCUCUGAAUAACCUUAGUGAAAACCAAUCUCUUCUUGUAAUCCCUCCAUGGAGUAAUUUAUGGCUUGUUGCAUCAAUCUUCCUAACUAUGCUCCUUCACAUGCUAAUUUUGUAUGUGAAACCAUUAUCUAUUCUUUUCUCUGUGACACCAUUAUCUUGGGCUGAGUGGAAAGUUGUUCUAUAUCUUUCUUUUCCUGUAAUAAUUAUUGAUGAGGUGCUGAAGUUCUUCUCAAGAAAUUCCAGGGGUAUGAGGUUCAAUUUCAGAUAUAGAACUGACUUACUUCCAAAGAAAGAAUUGCGUGACAAAUAAUGGCUGGUUCCUACUCUUGAGUGCAAUUUGGCAUGCGCACACAGCUUCAUGAGAUCCUGAUCUUGCAAAAAGAAACUGAACUGGGUUAUACUGUCUUGAGGUGCUCUUUAUUUUUUAUUCAUUCUCUUCUAUCGGCCCAUGUAUUUUGCAAGGGUGGAUCAAGGUGAACAGUGACACUGCAAAGGCUCUUGACGAUCCAGCCCUACUGUAAAUUUAAGCAGACUGAACAAUGGCUCUCUGAUAGUUGUAACUUUUCCUUUUUUUUAUUGUGAAUUUUCUUUAGAGUAUAUAGGAACAACAUACCCAACCCCUAUGGGCGAUCUUGGGGGGUGCAAUGAUUUCACACGUAUGUUUUAAAUGAAUGAUUCAUUAACUGGAUCUGGAAGUUUUGCUGCUUUGCAAAUUUGUUUUGUAAGGGCAUCCUUAACACAGAACAAGAUGGCAUUAAAAGUGGCUCAAAAAGUAGCCUAACAAUAUUAUGUAGCACAUAUUGUUCAAUGCAAUACAAAUAGCUUUUUUUUUC